AUGCAGUUUCCCUCGAUCUCAGUCUUCGGCCGAGAUCCACCAUCGGAGAGAUCUAUUGCUGCAGCCACCAAUAAAGCCAAUGCCAGGGUGCCCCGGAGAAGGGGGUGCGGUGCCCAUGAGGAUGGCGCCGGCACUAGGCGCAAAACGGGCGUGGUCGUUAUGCAGGGCGGCACACCCAGCCAGUGCUGGAGGGCGAUGACAUCUUGGAGCAAACAUGGCAGCUGGUUGUGA